AUGGAUUUCCAGAACAGGCCUGGAGGCAAGACCGGGGGUGGCGGGGUAGCCUCUUGGUCGGAAACCAACCGCGACCGAAGAGAAAGACUCCGCCAGCUCGCUCUCGAAACCAUCGACCUCCAAAAGGACCCCUAUUUCAUGAAAAACCAUCUCGGGUCAUACGAGUGUAAACUGUGCUUGACUCUCCACAACAACGAGGGCAGCUAUCUGGCUCACACCCAAGGCAAGAAGCAUCAGGCAAACCUCGCCAGAAGGGCUGCAAAGGAAGCUAAAGAUGCACCUUCCCUGCUGCAACCUGAGAAGCCCAGAGUUGAGCCCAAAAAGUUUGUGAAGAUUGGAAGACCUGGGUAUCGAGUUACAAAGCAGAGGGAUCCUGAAAUGGGACAACAAAGUCUUCUAUUCCAGAUUGAUUAUCCAGAAAUCAGCGACGUGGUCUUACCUCGCCACCGCUUCAUGUCCGCUUAUGAGCAAAAAAUCGAGCCACCCGACCGCAAAUUCCAGUACCUCCUGUUCGCGGCGGAGCCCUACGAGACCAUCGCCUUCAAGGUGCCUAGCCGAGAGGUCGAAAAGACCGACAACAAGUUCUGGACUCACUGGAACAAGGACACGAAGCAGUUCUUCCUGCAGUUCGCCUUCAAGCUGGAGAACAAGCGGAACGCCAAUACGGUUGUGCAGAGACACACGAACAUUGUGGGGGGUGUGCCCCCUCCGCCCAUGCUGCCCGUGCCGCCGCCCCCCAGGCCGCCCAUGUUCAAUCCCAUCCCGCCGCCGCCGCCUAUGAUGAGGGCGGUGAUGCCGGUGCCUCCUCCUCAUCAUCAUCAUUGA